AUGAGCGAAGACUUUACUCGAGAAGUAGAAUUGGGCGACGGCAGAACACUAACUAUUCAUCAGGUAAAUUUCUGUUUAAUUUUUGAAGUUUAGUUUUGAAUCGUGUUGAAGUAAUAUUUGUUGCAGGAAUUGAUAAGCGAUGUCGGUGGCGUAAUCUGGGACAGUGCUCUUGUAGCAGCUCACUUAUUCCUGAAAAAUCGCGAAUAUUGGAUGGAUAAGAAGGUAGAUUUGGAAUUUUGUUUCAUUUUAACGAACUUUGGCUUAGAUUUUCGAGUUGGUUGUUCAGUCAGACACAAUAUAAAGUUAUGGCCAAAGCUUGAGAUUUCUAUGAAUUAAAAACUAAAUUUUAAGAUUAACUUCUACAAUUUUCCAACUUUUUCAUUUCAGUUCUAGGUGGUGGAACUGGGCGCAGGAACUGGCGUCUGCGGAUUGGUCCUCGGGGCCCUCGGAGCUGAAGUUCUCCUCACAGAUCUUCCAGAAAGACUUCCUCUUCUCGAAAAGAAUCUUUCCGAAAAUCAGCAUCUUCUGAAAGGAAAAGUCCAUGCGAAGUCGUUAGAUUGGCUGAAAGACCCCAUUCCUGAAUCUUUCUCCAUGGUUCUUCUGAUUGAUUGUAUUUAUUACAUCGAUAGUAUUGAUCCUCUCUUGAAAUUGCUCCAUUCCAGUUCUGCCGAUGAAUUUCUGUGUGUUUUUGAGAAACGGGACAUAGGUCAGCCUGCCGAGGCUCAAAAGCUGUUUUUUGACAGUGUUAAGCAAUAUUUUCAUUGUAAUGCAUUGCCUAGAUCUGAUUUUGAUCCCGAUUAUUAUUCUGAUGAUAUCGUUUGCUUGUCCUUGACCAAAACUUAGUUCUUUAGAGUUAUCGUGAAUAAUUGAUUUCAGUUCAAAGCUGUGUCACAGAAACUUGUUGAGAUCUUGAGAAAAAGAUUUCAUGUUUAAUUUUUUUGUUCAAAAACAUUUUUUUAGAGUUCUAAAGCUUUUUUUAGAAAAAAAGUUAAUCAAAAAUUCGAAGACGAAAAAUAAUUUUUUUCUUUUUUUCUUGCAAGACUUUUUAAUUAUUCAAAAAAAGACUAUUUUGGGACUUUUUGAACAGAAAUACUUGUGAUAAAACUUCAUGAUUUGCUCAAUUUAUUGCAUUUGUCAGAAAAAUUAUCCGUUAACAACCUUAUUUUUAAGAUGAAAGUGGCACAAUUUUUAUUUUUAUUCAUUUUUGGACCCAAUAAAUAUUAUUCAAUAUUUUUUUAUGCGUGUGAGUGUUUCUGAAAUCGUCAAAUGCGAACUUGUGUUUCUUUAAACUUUAUUAUUUUCGUGAAAAAAGAGAAAUAAAAUGUUUUUCCAACAGAAAAAAUGCCGGCCCCGCGCGAUCCAUCAACCUGCUCGAAUUACGAAGAAGUUCUCAUAAUAUUUUCGAAAAAUAUAAUAAUUAACUAUUUUUCAAGGUUGUGGUCAAGCAUUACAAACUUGAUUGGAACGUCGAUUUUAAUAAGAAAAAUAUUUCUGGGAAUGUCGAUUUGACGGUUGAAGUGCUGAAAAAAAUACGUCGAAAUUGGUUGGUUUUUGAUUUUAUUUUUUUCUGGAAAUGGUUAUUUUAUAUUUUUAGAACCUAAUAUUAAGAGCUUGAAAAAUUCAUUUUUUUCGUUACUUUUUUUCUAUCCUUUUUGCAGUUUAGCCGCCUAAAAUUCAAAAAAAUUUUUCAUGUUUAUUUUUUUUUCACGAAAUGGUCAUGAAUGAACUAUAUUUUUAUCGUUUGUAACUUUAUAAUUCAUUUAUUUUUCCAGAAAUAGAUACGUUUUUUUGAUAGAUUUCUAUAUAGAAAAAAAGGGCGAAUUUGACAAAAAAAUCGAGUAAAAAAAUAUUUUUUUGAGUCAAAGCCAUUCCAAAUGCGACCCCAGCUUUUCAUUUGAAGAAAAAUAUGCGUUUUAUUAAUUUUAAGGUUCUCGACUCUAACGGCCUUGCGAUUUCAUCAAUUAAAUGGAACGAUAAGGAAUUGAAGUAUACAAUUGAGUCAAAUGGACCCCUGGGCCAGAAACUUGAAAUCGAUUUUGGUUCAGUACAAAACGUUGGAUCUUUACCGUGAGAAUCCCCAAAAAACAGAAAAAUAUUGAAAAUAUUGGUUCUAGAGUCGUCACAAUUGCAUAUACAACUGGCGAAAAUGCGGCCGCUUUGCAGUUUUUGACCGGCGAACAGACGACGGAUAAAAAGGUGAAAAAAGUCAAUAGUUCAAUGGAGCGCAUUUGAUCGGUUGAGCUUCACUGGGAAUAUUUUCAGUGGCCACUUUAGGGUUUUGACGUUUUAAUGGCUUUCAUGGUAGUCGAAUUAUUGGUCACUUAAGUGGUUAAAAUGUAGUGGUCCCUUUAGAAGUGUGAGUGGUUCUACUAGAAUACAAAAAACUACUAUAGUGGUCACUUAAGUGCUUAAACUGUAGUGGUCACUUUAGAAGUCUGAGUGGUACCAAAUGACCAUUAAAAAACUGGUAUAGUGGCCUCUUAAGUGGCAAAAAUGUAGGGGUCCCUUUAAAAGAUUGAGUGGUACGACUAGACCACAAAAACUACUGCAGUGGUUUCUGUAGAGGUUUUUUCUAGUAUCCACUUUAGUGUUCUCUCCAACUAGUCCUUGGGGAACCUCUUAAGUGGCCCCUAGAGGGUUUCCCAGUAGAUUCCUGGAUUUUCUGCGCUUCCCUCUAUUAUUUUUCGUCGUUAGAAGGAUAAGGAAGUUCAGAAUAUUAAGGAAAAAUAUUCCACUCAAGGGAUUACUUCCAAAUAGUUCAUAGUGCCCUCUUUAGUGAUCUUUCUUCCCUUUCAUACGCAAAAUUAAACUAGAAGUGAUCCCUUAAGAGAGCUCGAUUAGAACUAUUAUUUUAGUCCCUUAAGCGAUCUCUUGAAGUUUUCCCGAAGCUAAACAUAGCAUCAAGAAAUAGAGCAGAAUGGAAAGGUCAAGGUGUCACUUAAGGGCUUUUUCUGAGUUGGAUUCCACUAUAAUCAAAGAAAAAAGGUCAUUAAAGCCCUUCUAAGUUUAGUUUUGAAUUUCAAGGCGCCCUACCUUUUUUCUCAAUGUCAAGCGAUUCACGCCAGAACGAUUGUGCCUUCUAUGGACACGCCUUCCGUCAAAAGCACAUAUUCCGCUAAGGUUUCAGAAAAAGGCAAUAAAAAAGGAAAAAAAGUUGAUUUUUAGGUAUCGGUCCCCAAGGGUUUGACGUGUCUAAUGAGUGCGAUUGGCGAUGGAAAUACGGUGAGUUGAGAAAAAAAUUGUUUUCAGGAAGUCUGAGGAAAAGAAAAUAGUUCAUAAUGAGCAUAUUAACGGAAUGUAGAGCUGAUGGCUUGGCUGUCGAAAAAAGUCUUGACACGAUAAAAGGAAAUAUAGUGUAUGAUAGAUGGAGAGCCGAGACAGGCCACGCCCCCUUAGCAAGUUCCCCGUGAAUAGGCGAUAUCCACAAGGUUUUUGAAUGGAAAGCAAUGAAACUUAUAUAAAAUGACGUCAUGGCUAGAAGUUUGCUGACGUCAUCAAAAAUCACAUAAAAUUUGAGGCCAUUUCUUGAUUAUAUAAUUAUUUUCCUGAACCUAAAUAUUAUUGGAAGCCGUUGGGUUUGAACUUUCCAGCUCUGAAAGUUUUUUCCUGAAACCAUGUCUUUUUUGGCGGCUGAUGACGUCACGAACCAUACGUGGGCUGGAUCCAACCUCUGCGCCGCAAACCCCUCCGAAAAGUGCGGCCAUUUUCGAAAAAUUUUCAAAUUUUCGCGCGCAAAAAGGCUGCGCCGGAAUUCAGCCCACAUGUGUCACGGACAAUGAAACGGAAUGACGUCAUUCAUAUCUCCUGUCUGGAGCGCUCGCUCUCUGAUUUGCUUGUCGCGGCGUUAGGGGCGGAGCUUGAGCGCUCGCUUGACGUACAAAAUCUGAACAGACUGUGAUCAGUGACCCUUAUAUAACUUAUGACGUCAAGGGGCGUGGCCUGUCUGUGCUCUCCGUCAAAAAAACACUAUUUUUUUCCUUGUCAUAUCAGGACUUUUUUCAAUGGCUCAAGCCAAAUCUGCACUGCCUCUAUUUUUAAAUAUACUGACGUCGUUCUUGAAGCUCCGAUGACACCAUUUUUAAUGAGAACUUUUGAUUUUUUGAAUAAUAAUCAUGACCGCUGGAGAAAUAGUGACGUCACGUUUCCUAGGAGUCUGGUGACGUCACGGAAUACAAAUUCAAUCAGCCAGUGGCCGUCCCGGCCUACCUCCUCGCGAUUGUAGUUGGCCAUUUGGAACAGAGAGUUAUCAGUGAAAGGUUUUCUCAAUCGAGCGCACUUGGAAAAAGAAACAACGGCCAUUUUUUCAAGAUGCGCCGUUUGGAGUGAACCUUCUGUCGCUGAAGCCGCCGCCUAUGAAUUUGCAGAAACUGAAAAAAUUCUGAAAGUGGCUGAGGAUGUGGCUGGACCGUAUGUUUGGGGAAGGUGAGGAUUAUUGGGAAUUUUAAAAAAAGAUUUAUGUGAUUUUUGUCCGUUUUUUGUGUUUUGUGUGGAAGAGAAAUCGUUUCAAACUCGAAAAUUUCAUCAAAGACCAGAUGGAUUUGAUAAAAAUACCGGGAAAUUCAAACUUAUGACAAACAGUUGAACAUACGUUUCAUAGAUGGUUUUAAUUGGUGUCAAAUUAUAAAUUAGCCAUUCUAGAUCUCCAGCGACUUCUAUUGGAUUUAAUUGAGUAGAAAUCCAGCUUUACUAAUAGUUUUUUUGAGAUUCUUCAAAAAGUUAUUUUGCUAGAAUUUGUGACAAGUUUAAAUACACAAUGAGCAAAAAAACUGUUAGAAAAAAAUAAAUCAAAAAAAUAUAAGAUUUUAUUUUUUUUUCUUCACAAGUUGGCUUACGGUUGAACAAGGCGAAAAAAAUUACAAGUUUUAAAAAUAGUGGUCAAAAAAAUGGCUAUAUUAUGGGGGUGUGUGUAAAAAUUUAUUGAAAAAAAUCACAAAAAAUUUAAAAAAAUUAUGUUGUCCGUAAAGCUUUGUGAAUCUUCGUUUCCUUAAAAAUUAAGCCUCACUUUUCAAAAAAAAUUAGCCAUGGAGCGCACUUGAUUGGCUUGAGAUUGCUGUUUUUUCCUUGCCCUAACUUUUCACUUUUUUUUUCUUCAUCCUUUUGAAAAAAGUGGUCUAAAAACGCCUGUGGGGUUUAAAAACUUUUUUGUGGAAAAAACUUGAAACACUUUUUUUGAUUUUUUUUUUUUAUCCAUGGAGCGCAUAUGUGGCUAUUUUCACCGAAUCAUAAAUUCAAAUAUUCGAAAGUUUUUCUUGUCCGUGGAGCUCUGUGAAUCUUCCUUUCCUGGAAACCAAUCCUUACUUUUUCAAAAAUUAGCCAUGGAGCGCACUUGAUUGGCUUGAGAUGGCUGUUUUUUUCCUUGCCCUCAUUAAUUUUACCUUUUCAGUUUUUGUCCAGAGCUUUUUCAAACCUAUUAUUUUCUAGCACUUUUUCACUUCAAACUGCUGUUUUUUUGGGACUAUUUCAAUAUUUUUUAUAUUUUUUAAAACUUUUUUUUGUCCAUCUUUUUACCUAUUUUCACCUUUUUCGUGGUUCAGGUACGACCUGGUCGUCCUCCCAGCCACUUUCCCAUUCGGAGGAAUGGAAAAUCCGUGUCUGACAUUUGUCACCCCGACCCUCUUGGUUCGUCCGUUCUGUCCGCAUUUUAUAGAUUUUCUCCCGUAUUUUCUACCGGAUUUUUCAGGCCGGAGAUCGCUCAUUGGUCAACGUGAUCGCCCAUGAAAUCUCCCACAGUUGGACUGGGAAUCUGGUCACGAACUGUAGUUGGGAACACUUUUGGUAGAAAAUUAUGGGUCCUGGAGUUUUUGAGGAUUUUCAGGCUAAACGAAGGUUUCACCGUGUUUUUGGAGCGGAAAAUCCAUGGUAGAAUGUACGGGGAACAGGAAAGACAGUUUGAGAGCGAGUGCGGGUUUCAGGUGAGAAAGGGGGGGGGGGAUUUUUGAAAACUUUGGAGAAACGGAAAAAAAAAUUCUAGAUGACAAUACGGCUUUUUAUCAAUGUUCCAUGUAGAUUUCGGGUUUUCGAACCUAAUUUUUUUUCAGUUUGAAAGUUAAGAAACUCGGGAAAAAAGGCUUAAUAAUUAAAUCUGAUCUCAUUCUCGCAGGAGAAAAAAGCUUUUAAAAAAAUCUGAGAUUUCAAAGAUAUAUUCUUUUGACUGAUACGUAGAGAUUAUUAUUUUUACGGACAGAGGGAACCUUAUAACGAAAUUGUCAUGAAGUUGAGUUUUUUCUUCUUUUUUUCGCGGUUUUUCUGCAAGAAAUCUGGUUUUUUGAUUUACUGGGGAGCUUGAGAAUGACAAGCUUUUCAGCUGCUCCAGUAGGUAAAUUUAUCUAUAAUUUGACAGAAAUCGGACCUAGAAAUUAUAGUUUUUAUUUCUUAGGUGAACUUUUGAACACAGGAAAAAUCAAAAACGUUGAGAUUCUUUUUUUAAGAUUUUUCGGGAAGAAAUUCAGGUUUUUUCCUCCGUUUUCAGGACACCCUGGUGCCCACAGUCGAAAAAGUUUUCGGAAGAAAUCACGAGUUCACGAAACUUGUCCAAAACCUGAAAGGAGUCGAUCCGGACGACGCUUUCAGUUGUGUUCCUUAUGAAAAAGUUGGAAAAUCCUACAAAUUUUUGAAAAAAUUUGUUUUUUAAGGGAUCAGCCCUCCUUUUUACCAUUGAGCAACUGAUCGGCGACAAUGAGCGAUUUGAAAAGUUCCUGAAGACUUAUAUUUCGAAGUGAGUUGGGAGAAAGUACGAAAGUGAAAAUUUAGAGAAAUGUCGAAAUGAAGCAUUCGCGCUCUAUUGAGAAAAUAGGCAUUUUUGGUUUUUCCAAGUUUUGAACCACUUGUACUCAGGCUUGUGCGUCAGGCCCGGGCUUUGGGCCUUCAAUUAUAAAAAAAAGCCUCCACGGGCUCGGGCCAGGCCGGGCUUCGAAAGAAAUCUUAAAUUUCAUAUUGAAAAAAAAUUUCACGGAAAAAUUAUUUUUAAUUCUUGAAUCAUAGUUUCUAAUAACUCUAUGAGAAAAAAUAAGCAAGAAUACCAAUUUUCUCGUUAAAAAAAAACGAAAAAAUCGACUUGAACAGAAUUUAAGUUUUUUGGGCCGGGCUAGCCAUUUUUGCUUAAGGCCCCCCUAGGGCCGGGUCGGGCCGGGCUUGGGAAGUGGCCGGGGGGCCGAGAGGUUGACGGGCCGGCCCUCGCACAAGCCUGCUUGUACUCUACAACUUUUUUUACCUUGACCCCUAGAAAUUCUAAAAAAGAACUAGAGAGGGUGUAAAUAGAAGAGGCGCAGAGAAAACAGACUUUUCUGCGUUUCUCUGUGUGUUUUUUAAAUUGUCUCUCUUCUUUUUGAAAAUAUUUCAAAAGGGAUAGUUGAAAAAAAAAAUAAUGGGAAGCUUGAACAUAAAGUACUUGCGCUCCAUUGAGAAAAUGGGUAUUUUUUGGUAUUUUUUGAAUUUUGAAUUUUUUUCCCAAGUUUCGAACCACUUCUUUUCUUACCUUGGCCUCUAGUUAUUUUAAAAAGGAACUAGAGAGAGAGUGUAAAGUAAAGAGGCGCAGAGAAAAACAGACUUUUCUGCGUUUCUCUGCGUUUUUCGAAUUUUUUCCUUCCCUUCAAAAAAUUUUAGGCCUUUUUUUCCAGAUUUUUGCCCAAAACUCAAUUUUCUCAGAGUAAUAGAAUGAAAUUCAAGAAGAAAAUGGAAAAAAAAAAUCAUUUAAUCAGAAAUAAAAUGAUAUAAUUUACAGGUUCGCUCACAAAUCUGUGUACACAGACCAGUGGAAAGAGAAUCUCUACGAGUUUUUUUCGGAUAAAAAAGCCGUUUUGGACUCGAUCGACUGGAAUUUGUGGCUGAAUCGGCCCGGUGUCCCACCGAAGCCCAAGUGAUUUUUUUGCUGGGUUUUUGGGAAUGGUCGCACGGAGAAUGGCUCAAAAAAGUGCUCUAGCUUAAAAAAAAAGCUCAAAAAAAUCGAGAUGCCACUAUUUUUUCGGAAUUCUUUUAAAAAUGAGUUUAUUUUGAUAUUAUUCGGCUUCACUUGGAUUUCUGGUACACUGAAAAGCGCGCCGGACUUGAAACGACUUGCGCCAGACGGGCAUGCGCCGGGCUUGCCCCCCACCCCUCCCCCAAGGUUUAAAUGAAAAAUUUACAAGUCCAUCAAAAAAACAUUUUUUUAACCUUACCUUUAUUGGAAAAAUUUCUAUUUUUUUACUGGUUGAAACGUAAUUUCUGUUUAAUUUUGAGAGGAAAAAAAUUAAUGAAAACGAGAUUUUUUCCUUGAAAAAAGUCUGAUAUUGGAAAUCUGAGCUCUUUGAGACGAUUUGGCUUUUUUCUGAUGGGGGCCUUGCUCGCUAACGGGCCGGUCUUCAGCUCAAGGAACAGAUUGAUUUAAAAAAAAGCGCGACGGCGAUGCUUUGAGCCAUUCCACGUGCGGCCUAUUUUGACGAACAAAGCUUACAUUUUGGCAUUUUCAAAGAUAUGAUUCGACCCUCAUGACGGCUUGUAAGCAACUCGCCAGCCAAUGGACGUCUUCUGAAGCGCCGCCGACGGAUUCAGCGCCUUUUAUCAAAAUGGGAAACUCGCAGAGGGUUUGGAGAUUCGGAAAUGAACUGAAAAAAAUUCUAAAAAAGUUAUCGAAAAAAAUGAGAAAUUUUUCUAGACAAUUUUUGGUUUAUUAUGGUGGAACUGAACAGAAUUCUUGAUUAAAAAAAAUUUGUUUGGUCCGAAAAAUCUGAAAAAAAUAACUGCCUUUAAAAUUUUUUUCCAGAGCUAAAAACGUCGUUAAAAGAACUCUAAAAAAAGAGUUUUUUUAUUCUAAAUUUGAUAAUUUCAAAAAAACCCCGGAUUUUUUUCAGUGUGCCGUCAUCGACGCGAUCCGUGCUUCAGGCGGCUUUUCUGAAGCCAAAGUACCCCAAAAUCUUCCUUUUUCUUAGAAAUACUCCUUCCCUUCAGAUGCCGCAGCUCACGACGACUUAUCAACUUGAUCAGGCCAAAAAUUGCGAGCUCAAGUUCAGUUGGCUGAUGUUAGGACUGGAGAUCCAGUGGCAACCGAUUCUGGAGCCGUCUUUGGCCUUCGCCCUGGCCAUUGGAAGGAUGAAGUACUGCAAGCCGAUUUAUAGGUGAGAUUUGAGGGUUGAAGCGGGAAAUGGUUGAGAAGCCAGAUUUUAAGUAAGGAAGUUCUGAAAAGAGUAGAUCCAGCUCAAGGUUAAGAAAUAUUAUUUUGGGAGGGCUGCAUGCCGAUUUAUAAGUGAGAAUUAAGGGUUUGAGCUGUAAAUGGUUGAGAAGCUUGUGUUGAAGCUGAAUUUUGAAAUAGGGAAUUUCUGAACAGAGUAGGUUCACCUCAAGUUCAAGAAAGAUCAAGCCACGGCGUUUUUUUUUUGGCGACGGCCUGUCCAUAUUUUUUCCGGAAAGUGUACUGCGUCGUGUGCAUACACUGCGGCGCUCUGGCACACGCCGCGUUCAACGUAAUUCUCUCCAACUGAAUUUCAGUUAUAUUUUUCACUCUGGUGGCUAUUUUUAAUUUCGCUGAAUCACUUUCAACGCGGCAUGUGUUUUAAAACAAAAAUGGCGUUUUUUUAAAACGAGAAGUGGAUUCGUCUCAUGACCCAUUCAUGCGCCUUUAAUAUUUCCUGUUGUUUACGCGUUUUCCCUUUGACGUCACAUGGGAACGGCGGAGAUUUUGACCACGCCCCCUUAAUUUUUGGUUUUGCAUUUUUUUUGACUUACAAAAACGCCGUGAAGUUGGCUGGGCUUCAUGCCGAUUUAUAGGUGAGAAUUACAGGUAGAAGCUGAAAAUGAUUGAGAAGCCAGUGUUGAAGCUUAAAUUUGAUAUAAGGAAGUCCUGAAAAUGGAAGGUUAACCUGAAUUUUAAGAGAUUAUAGGUUGGAUAGGUAAAGUAGAAAUUCGAGGAUUUAUAGGUAAGAAUUACAGGUAGAAGCGGAGAAUAAUUGAGAAGGUCUUGAAAAAUGUCCAUGUUAAAAUGAUUCCAAGAGAGUUCCUUGGUCAGAUAAAAUCACAGAACUUCAGAGUUUUCUGAAAUUUGUGAGAAAAAACUCUUUCCCCGGGUAGUAUUCUGGACGAAAUUGUUAUCUUUACCCUUUCUUUUCGAAGCUCUUUAAAGGUUUUUGAGAUCUCGAGAUUUCAAUUAUCGAAAAAAGGUGAGAUUCAAAGAGGAUAGUCGAUUGGGAUUUCCUUAAAUUUUACUUUGCGGUUGGGAUUUUCGUGAAAGUUGGCCAGAACACUCCUUGAUGUACCAGAAGAGGAUUCUGAAAGUUUCAACCUGCAAAAAUUUCUCGUUUUGAGAAAAGACGCCUAAAAUUCAAAGAAAACUCUCGAAAUCCAUAAAAAAAUGGGUUAUUUUGAGCCCUUAUUUCUCGAAAACUAGGAAGUUGUGCAGGUCGAAACUUUCAGAAUCUUCAUUUGGUACAUCAAGAAGUGUUCUGGCCAAUUUUUACGAAAUUCUCAAUCGCAAAGUGAAAUGACCAUCAAUAUAUAAAAAAGAUAAUAUCCAACAGAUUUUUUUGGCUAAAUAAUUUCCAACUGUAGCGUAUGUCAAUGAGGUUGAGCAUCGUAUUCGAAAUUCGUCAUUUCUGGCUUGAUUAAUGGAAAAUCUGUCGAAGCUUUUCAAAGACAAAUUCUUGGAUGUAGGUGAGAUUUUUUGGGUUCUAGUAACUCACAUUAUCAUGCAAAGGGAUUUCAGAAAAAACGACUUUAUUUGGAAAAAUUACAUCUCGAAGUUGAAGAGAAAAAGACAAAAAUUAAGUUUCAAAUGGGAGUUGUUGAUCUUAGGAGUUCCAGAGUGGUCCCUAUAGGGGUUAGGGGGAAAACAGCACCUAUGGGGGCCGAAAAAUUGGUCCCUAUAGGGUUAUAAGGAAGUUGGUCUCUAUAGGAGUUUAGUGCCUGACCCCUUAGCCCUUAAACCUUAAGUGGUUCCUUUAGGGGUUUUUCAUUUUUAUUCGUUAUUUUUUUUCGCAUGAAAAUGCUUCUUCAUAAAAAUUAUCGACUAGAAUUUCAACUGUAGGGGCCAAGGGGUCAGAAACUAAAACCCUAUAAGGACCACCUUUACGGCCCCUGUAAGGGUUUUUACCCUUAACACCUAUAGGGACCACUCUUGCAAGUUGUAGUGAUCCCUAUAGGGGUUGGUAAAGUAGUUUCUAGAGGGGGAUCUCCAAGGGCCCCUAUAGGGACCACUCUAAAGUUUGUAGUGAAUACUGUAAAAUUUAGCGCUGACCUGUUCAAAAUCAGGAACUUGUUCAGUUUGGACGUUUACAGUAACCUUAUCGUCUAUUUAUUCUUUUCGUUUUGAGACCCAUUUUUUGGAGUAACUUUUGUCGAUUUCGCGCUGUCGGUUUUUCAAUUUGGACAACCCGAAAUUCCUUUGCACACGACAGAAGCACUUGGCCGAUUAUCUUUUUGAUUUCGAUUCAAUUAAUUUCACAUUUUAGAGCCCUCUUCGCCUGGCCACAGGCUCGCGACCGCGCAAUCGCCCAGUUUAAGGCCAAUAUUCCGAACAUGCAUCCGAUCACGGCCAGCGUCAUCCAGAAGCUUCUCUGA